CCAUGGAUUUGGUGGAAAAGUUGAAGAAACUUUCCGUUUUUCGUGUGGAUUCGCUAUCAGCAGAGGAAGUUUACUUUAAAACAACUCGCCUCAUUGAUCUAAUCAAUUUGGGAGCUGGCAACUCGAACUUCAUUCGAAAAUGGGAUUUUCUGAACUUAAGAUUCUUUCAAGGCAUCAACACAUUAUUUCUGUACCUGUAUUGUGUAUAUCUUACGACCAGCUACUACAUCGACGAUAUGGAGGAAUUAUUGUUCUGCGUUGCUACUUUUGGAAUUUCCAUUCAGUGUUCUGCUUUCAUCUAUCUUUUUGUGCUUCGACGGGGAAAGAUUCUGGAUGUACAUGACCUCAACGUUGAUUACCACAAACUGAAGACGGUUUUGGAUCCGAAAAUUCAAGAAUCUCUUCGUAGCAGCUCAUCGAUUGCCUAUCUAGCCGUUGUCCUUACAAUUAUUGUUUAUAAUGUGAUGAUCCUGAUAAUGACUAUGAUGCCAGUCGUUUACACCAUUCAAACUGGUCACAAAGCGCUGCCAUAUGCUUUCAAAAUGUUUUUCGAAGACACGUGGACGUCUUAUACGUUGAAUUUUCUUAUUCAAAUGAACUGUCAAUAUUACGUGUCGAUUUGCACAGUAACUUCAAAUUGUACUCUGAUAGUGCUGUUGUUGACCGCUUUUGGGCAGAUCGAUGCCAUCAUAACUCUUUUCAAGCAACUUAACGAUAUGGUACAGCGUCCUGAUAUUCCUCAUGAAUCUUUGGAGAAAAAACUCAAGGAAAUUAUAGCACUACACCAAUGCCAUCGAAAUUACUUGAGCAACAUUGUGGACGUUUUCGAUGUUUAUUAUCUCAUUGUUAUUAGCUCGUUAUGCUCGUGUAUGGCAAUUUCCUUGACUGCGAUUGUUAUCGUGAACUGGUACGUUGGAGUUGUGUUCAUUUGUUUCUCGUCAGCUCAAAUUUUUUAUAUGUGUUUCCUCGGGGCACAGCUGCAAAUGAAGAGCGAGGAUUUGGCCCUUCAUGUUACACAAUUCGAAUGGUAUAAACUACCAGUUGUUCAUCAACAAUCCAUCAUGAUGGUGAUAUGCGCCUGUCAGACACCCAUCAAUCUUUCAGCAGUGUUUGAAACGUUGAACUAUGAAGCAUAUCUAAAGGUUCACAAAGGCGUGUAUUCAAUUUUUAUGUUUUUGAUCAGUUCUGAACAGUAAAUUUAUACGAAUAAAUCUGGAAAUUGACCAGGAUUGAAAAAAAAAAAUGAAAACCGGAAACCCAUAAUUGUUGAAAUAGACAUCACCUGCACCCGAAAUAA